UUGCGCUAUUUUUGUUGUCAACGAUUUAAUUGAAAACUGAAUCAAAUGGAAGCGGAUAUAUUUACCAAACGAACCAAAGAUCUAUCUGCUGAGGAUCUAGAGAGGCUUGACGAGCAAAACAAGCGUUUGGUGCCUGAAUUCAAAGCGAACAAAUUGGAGAUCGAUGCACAGCGGCAUUGGGAUUUAUUCUACAAACGCAACGAGACGCGCUUCUUUAAGGAUCGCCACUGGACAACACGUGAGUUCCAGGAGCUGCUGGCGGAUCAGCAAUGCACAAGCACGGGAACAAGACGACGUACCCUCUUAGAGGUGGGCUGUGGGGUCGGCAAUCUGGUAUUUCCGCUGCUGGAAGAGCAGAUUAAGGAGCAAUCCAGGGUCCAAGGAUUUUAUUUCUAUGCCUGCGACUUUUCACCGCGUGCUGUUGACUUUGUUCGUGCCAAUCCGCUGUACGAUGCAAAGCAUAUAACUGCCUUCCAAUGCGACAUAACGACGCAACAGGUACAUGAACACAUUGCCGCAUCCAGUUUAGAUGUGUGCACCAUGAUCUUUGUGCUGUCCGCUAUACAUCCCAAUAAAUUCGCCGAUGUGGUACGGAAUUUAUGGCAGCUUCUGAAACCUGGUGGCCUGGUACUGUUUCGAGAUUAUGGGCUUUAUGACAUGGCGCAGCUGCGCUUCAAACCUGGCCACAAAAUUGCCGAGAAUCUAUAUAUGCGGCAGGAUGGCACACGCAGCUAUUACUUUGCCGAGCUGCAGCUGGCGCAGCUGUUCAUCCAAAAUGGUUUCGAGGUGCUGGACAACAGCUAUGUGCAUCGGCGCACACUCAAUCUGAAGGAGGGCAUCGAUGUGCCGCGCAUCUUUCUGCAGGGCAAAUUCCGAAAGCGUGCAGCCAGCUGAUGACAUUUCAAUUCAAAAAACGCCCCAACGUAGCCCGGGCUCCAAAUCUUACAUACGGGUUUUGUUCGUCAGUUAAUACCGAGGA